AUGAAUAACAGCGAUCAACGAGAGAGAGAAGACAGAAAGUGUAUAACAUUAUCGAGAGACAGUAAGAAAAACAAGGCAGAGUGUUACCUGGUCAGCGAUCAGAGAGAGAUACAAGGCAGCGGCGUCUUCUUGGCGGAGGGUAGGCGGAGUGAGAGAAGGCACCGAGAGAACUCGAGGAAGGCGUCUGAAUUGGGGCCGACAGAGAGAAGGCAGAAUACUUCUAGGCAGCGAGAGAGUGUGAGAGGACGUAGUGAGCGGUAG